AUGCUACUACCCUGUUAUCACCCCGCCUUCCCUCCUUUCCCUCCCUUUCCUCCCUCCACUCCCUCUUCUCAUCCCCUCUCCCAACAACCCUCACUCAUCUCCCGCGGCUGCACCCCCUGCGUCCAACCCUCUCCGGCCUUCGCUGGCAGUCAAGCUGUUCCGCAGGCGCUGGCGGCAUGGGGGCAGCUUGGGGGCGGCUGGCAGGCGUGGUCGGGCAGCAGUGACUGCUCAACCGUGCAGGGCGUCACGUGCGACGCUCAUGGCAAGGCAACGUUGUCUCCCUGGUACGUGAGGCAUGUGAGUGCUGCUCCAGCGCAUGUGAGUGCUGCUCCAGCGCAUGUGAGUGCUGCUCCAGCGCAUGUGAGUGCUGCUCCAGCGCAUGUGAGUGCUGCUCCAGCGCAUGUGAGUGCUACUCCAGCGCAUGUGAAUGCUGCUCCAGCGCAUGUGAGUGCUGCUCCAGCGCAUGUGAGUGCUGCUCCAGCGCAUGUACCAGUGCUGCUCCAGCGCAUUGCUGCUCCAGCGCAUGUGAGUGCUACUCCAGCGCAUGUGAAUGCUGCUCCAGCGCAUGUGAGUGCUGCUCCAGCGCAUGUGAGUGCUGCUCCAGCGCAUGUGAGUGCUGCUCCAGCGCAUGUGAGUGCUGCUCCAGCGCAUGUGAGUGCUGCUCAAGCGCAUGUGAGUGCUGCUCCAGCGCAUGUGAGUGCUGCUCCAGCGCAUGUGAGUGCUACUCCAGCGCAUGUGAAUGCUGCUCCAGCGCAUGUGAGUGCUGCUCCAGCGCAUGUGAGUGCUGCUCCAGCGCAUGUGAGUGCUGCUCCAGUGCAUGUGAGUGCUGCUCCAGCGCAUGUGAGUGCUGCUCCAGCGCAUGUGAGUGCUACUCCAGCGCAUGGGAAUGCUGGCUCCAGCGCAUGGCAUGUGAGUGCUACUCCAGCGCAUGUGAAUGCUGCUCCAGCGCAUGUGAAUGCUGCUCCAGCGCAUGUGAGUGCUGCUCCAGCGCAUGUGAGUGCUGCUCCAGCGCAUGUGAGUGCUGCUCCAGCGCAUGUGAGUGCUGCUCCAGCGCAUGUGAGUGCUGCUCCAGCGCAUGUGAGUGCUGCUCCAGCGCAUGUGAGUGCUGCUCCAGCGCAUGUGAGUGCUGCUCCCAGCGCAUCGCAUGUGAGUGCUGCUCCAGCGCAUGUGAGUGCUGCUCCAGCGCAUGUGAGUGCUGCUCCAGCGCAUGUGAGUGCUGCUCCAGCGCAUGCGAGUGCUGCUCCAGCGCAUGUGAAUGCUGCUCCAACGCAUGUGAGUGCUGCUCCAGCGCAUGUGAGUGCUGCUCCAGCGCAUUCGCAUGUGAAUGCUGCUCCAGCGCAUGUGAGUGCUGCUCCAGCACAUUGCGGCAGAUGGGACGCACCAUCAACGUCUCAGCCAUCCCUCUCCUCACCUCAGUACAUUGCCCCAUCUGUAGUCCUUCCACGUCUCCCCUCCCUCUCCCUCUCCUAA